GCGGGAGGGUCCGCCAGGCUCGGGGCGGCGGCGGAGGCGGCGGCGCGCGGCGAGGGGUGCGGACGCGGGCGCGAGGUUGCUCCAAACACGAUGUCCGGCUCCACGUGAAGCUGAAGUGACAGGGUCCAGGUGGAGGGCCCGCGCGGCCCCGGGGCAGGAUGACCAAGACCCGGCUCCUGCGGCUGUGGCUGGUGCUGGGCUCCGCGUUCAUGGUCCUGCUCAUCAUCGUGUACUGGGACAGCGUGGGCACCGCCCACUUCUACCUGCACACCUCCUUGCCCCGGCCGCGCCCCCUGCAGCCGCUCCCCAGCCCCGGGCAGCGCCAGGAGAAGGAAUUCGCGUCAGACGUCGACGAGUUUCUGGAUAAGCUCCUCGGUUCCGGCGCGAAGCAGGGUGACCUUUCCAGAAAGAAGACCGAGCAGCCGCCCGCGCCCGCCUCGAGCCAGCCGGCGCAGGGCACCCUGGAGGAGAGCGUCAGGGGCUACGACUGGUCCCCGCACGGCGCCCGGCGGAGCCCGGACCAGGGCCGGCAGCAGGCCGAGCGGCUGCGCGUGCUGCGGGCCUUCUGUGCCAACGCCAGCCUGGCCUUCCCCACCAAGGAGCGCUCGUUUGACGACAUCCCCAACUACGAGCUGAACCACCUCAUCGUGGACGACCGCCACGGGGUCGUGUACUGCUACGUGCCCAAGGUGGCCUGCACCAACUGGAAGCGCGUGAUGAUCGUGCUGAGCGAGAGCCUCCUGGACCGCGGCGCGCCCUUCCGCGACCCCCUGGACAUCCCCCGCGAGCGCGUGCACAACUCCAGCACCCACCUGACCUUCAACAAGUUCUGGCGCCGCUACGGGAAGUUCUCCCGCCACCUCAUGAAGGUCAAGCUGAAGAAGUACACCAAGUUCCUCUUCGUGCGCGACCCCUUCGUGCGGCUCAUCUCCGCCUUCCGCAGCAAGUUCGAGCUGGAGAACGACGAGUUCUACCGCAAGUUCGCCGUCCCCAUGCUGAAGCUGUACGCCAACCACAGCAGCCCGCCCGCCUCGGUGGCCGAGGCCUUCCGCGCCGGCCUCAAGCUGUCCUUCGCCAACUUCAUCCAGUACCUGCUGGACCCGCGCACCGAGAAGCUGGCGCCCUUCAACGAGCACUGGCGCCAGGUGUACCGCCUCUGCCACCCGUGCCAGAUAGACUACGACUUCGUGGGCAAGCUGGAGACGCUGGACGAGGACGCCGCCCAGCUGCUGAGGCUUCUCCAGGUGGACCGGCGUCUGCACUUCCCCCCGAGCUACCGCAACAGAACUGCCAGCAGCUGGGAGGAGGGCUGGUUCGCCAAAAUCCCCCUGGCCUGGAGGCAGCAGCUCUACAAACUCUACGAAGCGGACUUUGUUCUCUUUGGCUACCCCAAGCCCGAGAACCUCCUCAGAGACUGAAAGCCUCAGGUUUCCUUUCCUUCCCCCUUUGCCACAUCGUGGCAGUCCACGUGCUCCUGUUUUUUAAGUACCCUACGAUUUUGCAAUCUGGACUUACUGUUGACUCCGCUGCCUAUAUCCAUUGAGCACUGUGUUAAUAUUGUUUUUUUAAGAUUAAUAUAUUUCAGAUAUUUAAUAUGAAAAGUGGA